UAUCUUUGAAGAAGCUCCAGCCAAGCAGUCUCUGCGCCUAUAAAUUGCUGCGUCCCAUUGCACAAUUACUGCAGUCUUCCAGCAAGGGUUAUUCAGUGCAAAUCGUCAGAAAUUAACUUUAACUUUUACAUACACAUCAAUACAGAAAAUGUGUAUCUUAAGCCGUCGGGGACUUGUAAUCUUGCUGCAGUUCUUACUGUUGGCAGCCAAACAGGCGAGUGGACAAUUCGACUACGACCAACAAGGCAGCGAUUGGGAGGGAACAUGCGAAACUGGCCAAAGUCAAUCUCCAAUUAGAUUGGCGGACAACACUGCUAUUCGCAAACCCUUUCCGCGAAUUCGAUUCACGAACUACAAUCGGGCCUUGCAGUCACCUCUGAUGAUGACAAACAAUGGACAUACAGCGAACAUUGUUUUGCCGCUCACAAAUAACGGACAGCGUGCUUUCAUCGAGGGCGGCCUGUUGCCAGGCACCUUUGAAGCGCAGAGCGUGCACUUCCAUUGGGGCUCGGCCAACAGUCGUGGAUCCGAGCAUCUCAUCAAUGGUCAACGCUACGACGUCGAAAUGCACAUUGUUCAUAAGAAUGUUCGUUAUGCCACGGUAGCCGAAGCAAGUUUGCGUUCGGAUGGUCUUGCCGUUUUGGGUGUCAUGCUUCAGGCUGUACCUUCACUGAUCUCGACGCAUUUUGGCCUUAACCGAAUCUUAGAUCGAUUACCUCAAGUUAUUGAAUACCAAUCAAGUACAUCGAUAGCUGGGCGACUAACGAUGAACGAUCUAUUGGGAGACAGUUCUACUGGAAGGUUUUACUCAUAUAAUGGCUCACUGACUACGCCUGACUGCGCCGAAUCUGUUACUUGGACUGUGUUCUCGGACUCUGUGAAACUACCUAGACGACAGAUCGCCAAAUUUUGGGAUUUGCUAGACGAACGCAGUCUUCCUUUGAUAAACAACUACCGUAAUCCGCAGGAAAUAAAUGGAAGGCCAGUCUUCCAGAGAACUCUGAUAUAAAUUUAAAAAUGGAUUUAAUUGAAUAUACAUUUAAUUCAACUACUACUACUGGCAAAAAAAAAAGAAGGAAAACAAUCAUACAAAAAAUACCAACUGAAUAAAUUUGACAUAUGCAGCUAAAAAUUCGAAA